AAUUCAUCUGAUUAUAACCCACAUCAGUCCUUUGAAUUGACUAUCCUGACUGGAAUUAUUGACCACGCGACCAGGCAAGAUGCCCGGUACCGUGGUCUCCGAAACACCUUCCGUUUCUCUCUCUUUUGCCAAUAAUUUUUGGGGUAAAGAUGACGCCGGAGUGCAGCCGCUUAUCGAGCGAAUGCAUAAUGCCAAAGUCACCUGCGACGAAAUCAAGGCAUUUUACAGUGCUCGUGCAGCGAUCGAAGACGAGUAUGCUCGCAAGUUGCUAUCACUCUCUCACAAACCUCUCGGCUCGAGCGAAGCGGGAACAUUAAAAAUGUCUCUGGACGUCACCAGAAGCGAACUUGAGUCGAUCGCCAAAAGCCAUCAGAAUAUUGCUGCGCAGAUGAAGAGCGAACUUGAAGAGCCUUUGUCGGCUUUUGCCGGAGGACUGAAAGAGAGACGGAAGAUUGUCCAAUCCUGCAUUGAAAAGUUGUUGAGAGUCAAAAUACAACAGACAAAUACUGUCACCAAGACGAGGGAUCGUUACGAACAGGAUUGCCUCAAAAUUAAAGGAUAUCUGGCGCAGGGCCAUAUGGUUAUGGGCCACGAGGAGCGCAAAAACAAGGCCAAGUUAGAGAAGACCCAGAUUCAAUUAGCGACGUCAAGUAAAGAAUACGAAUCGGCUGUCAAAAUCCUCGAAGAGACGACCGGCAGAUGGAACCGUGAGUGGAAAGCGGCAUGUGACAAAUUUCAAGACCUCGAAGAAGAGAGACUGGAUUUUAUGAAGAGCAGCCUUUGGAGUUUUGCAAACAUUGCUUCCACGGUCUGUGUCAGCGAUGAUGCCUCGUGUGAGAAAAUUCGGCUUUCGCUCGAAGGUUGCGAGGUUGAAAAGGAUAUAAACAAUUUUAUAAGGGAAAAAGGUACUGGACAGGAGAUUCCAGAUCCGCCAAAGUACAUCAAUUUCUGCAGAGGAGACAUCAACGACAGUGCAUCCGAGGCAUCCGAGGACGACUAUACCGUAGCUCAAUUUCAACGAACCAUUAAUCCUGCUUUCCGAACAUCCUCUCCGCAGCCAUCUACGUAUGAGUCUCACCACGACGCUCACGGAAUACAUGAAAACGCGGACCAGGAAGCCAAAAAUCUGGAAGAACCGGAGCAACGUCAACCUGCUCCAGCACCGGUUCCUGCGCCUGCUCAGGGUGCUUCGACUAGACCUACGGCUGUGGAUUAUCAGAGAUCAAUCCCCAACUAUACUGAUUAUGACCAGCCCCGCCCAGUCAAUGCAAAUACACGCGAACAACCAAUGGCGGCAACGCACCCCAAUCAGAUGCCUACAAGGCCCAUGCAGCUGGACUACCGUCGCGCAAUCCCUGCUCCAGCAGAUCUGGCGAAGCACGAAGCUCUUGCCACCGUGCCACAUAAUGAGUACCCGCCUGAUGGGAUGACCAUGUACUGUCGAGCUGGUCCACCUUCCGAGCGAAGCUCUGCAGCCAGCCCUGCUAGACCAUCUAGCCGCGAUUCGUUCAGCGAGUACUCUAACCCAACAUCAAUGUCUAGCCAAGAGCCCAUGCCAAUUAAAAAAGGUCCUAUCAGGGAGCCGUCGGCAGAGCACUAUAGUCGUCCAUCAUCCUCGACAAUCAUAGCGCCUUCACCCCAGGCUCUGCCUCCUUUACAGACCUCGCCUGGAGAUGAUGGACAGGAUCAGAAGAAACGAGGCAGUUUCUUUCAGUCGCGCAGCCCCUUUCGACGGCGAAGCAAACAUGACCAAUCUAGUCUCGAGCAGUCGGAGGCACCAGUGGUUUCCUCUCCAACAAACCGUAAUACGUGGGGCUCUGCGCCGAGCCGGCAGCGUGGAGAUAGUAAUAAUGGUAGCCUGGCACGGCGUCCAGGUUUUGGCGCAAGUUCACCAAACAUGUUACUUGGUGGGGAUCGCCGCAGCGGCAGCCCUGAACCAGUAGAUCCGCGAGCCAAUUUUCAGCUGAACGUGGGAAACAAUGUUUUUGACGUUGCGUCUCCUGAUAAACGUAAAAAGCUUGCUCAGGAAGGUUCAGAGCCCAGCCAAGAGGAGCUGGACCCAAUCGCACAAGCCCUUGCGGAACUGAAGGGCGUCAAAAAGGAAGCAGCAAGCCGCAUAUCUGCUGAUCGCUAUCAUGGCCUGGCAACGCCGAUUCCUCCUGCCACUCCUGGCGCUGCAUCAGGUCCCUCACCCAUGGCGGCAGCCUCUGCGUCUGCGGCUGCUAAGAGGGGCACACCACCGCCAUCUUAUGAGCGACCAGUAAAGAUGCUUGAUCCACCUAAGCCUGCUUUUACGUCUUCACAAAUGCAACGUACGACUCGGAAGUACGUAGGCCAAACCCAAAACAUGUUCAAGGCGCCUACAGAAGGUUCAAACCCAUACGAGCGAAGACCGCCCUCACGCCCGGGUACUCGUGGUAGCCAACAAGCGGAAGAAACUCUCCGUGCUGCAAGCCCUGGCCCCUCACGCGUCCCAAGAGCUGCAAGCCCGGCUCCUCCAAGACCAGCUUCCCGAGCAGCAAGUCCAGCACCACCGCGAAGUGUAAGCCCACGACCUUAUUUGACCGGCGAGCAGCGAUCGACGUUCCGCUCCACGUCCCCCAAUCCCUAUGCAGCAGCGAGUAAUAGACCUAGAGCCAUGUCUUCGAGCCCGAUAAAACGGGCACCAGAGUCGGCAUACGGCUACCAUAACCGAAGCUAUACGGCCGAUGUGCCUCGUGCAGUCUCUCCACAGCCCCAGUUCAAAGCAUAUGAAAGACCGAAUAGUAGUGGUAGCUCUCAGGGGAUGCAGCUUCAGCUUGCGCCUACGCCGGAUGGAGGGCAGUAUGGAGAUAUUCACCGUGCACGAACUCCGCAAAGCGGCGCAACUCGUCCAAUGACUCUUUAUGGCGGUUCUUCAGCGGAGCCUAAUUACAGUACGGCCGUGACAGACAAUCGAUCACGGAGCAGGAGCAUCGCAGAGAGUCGACAGUUUACGCGGGACGGAAGACAGAUUCUCUACUUUGCACGAGCUCUAUACAUGUAUCAAGCAGCCAUACCUGAAGAGCUUAGUUUUGCCAAGGGAGACGUUUUGGCCGUUUUGGCUCUUCAAGACGAUGGGUGGUUUGAAGCGGAAGUGGUUGGCAAGCACGGAAGAGCCGGGCUGGUGCCUAGUAAUUAUUUGCAGAAUUGCUAAAUGAUUGGCUUGUGUUAAUAAUCUGUUAUCCUUGGUUGAGCGUGGACGCUUGGGGAGGAUGAUGCGGGUUUUCGCGUUGAUACAAGGGCACGCUCCUUGAUGAUUUGUGCUCCUUUUCUUUUCUCCUUUUGCUUUCAUGACAUUCCCUUCCUUUGACUGCAAUGAUAUCCGUGUGAUGGUAAAGGGUCCAGGGGUUACGGAUAUGAUUUUUCUUUUGUCAGAUACUCCCAUUCCUGUUCGAUUUGCAUUUGUCUCUCCUUUGCAGGGUUUCUGUUUUUACAGACGAAUCUAGCUCAAUCAGUCGCUGUGAAAUCGCUUCCAUCCUGAGAAAAUGUAAUUAUUUAAGGCC